AUCGGUGACUCGGGCUCUUUUUUCUGGCUCUAACGCGAAUACAGUCUUGCUUAGGUGGCGCCGGUUGAGAAGAAGGCUUGUUGUUGAUUCAUCUUCCUGGUAAAGUGUCGUUGUUACCACCGUCCGUCCACCAUUAUCAGCUACUGAAGUUUACUUUCGUCUGGUUCGGCUGUCAAGACCUAGUCAGAGGCCCUCACUGAUGGCCUCCGAAACGACGCAUACGGAUGAAGAACAACAUCUCUUCCAACGCUUGAAGGAUUCCUCAGACGACGCCUCUCUACAUUUUGAUAUUGGCUUAUUAUUAUGGAAUAAAGACGGAGGAGAUGCCAACUCCAAGGAAAAAGCUGCUGAACAUUUUAUUUUAUCGGCAAAAUAUAACCCUAAAAACGGAGAAUCUUUCAAAUAUCUAGGGCAUUAUUAUGGAGGCGUUUCCCUUGAUACUCAGAGAGCCCUUAAGUGCUACCAGCGAGCUGUUGCUAUCAACCCUGAUGAUUUCGAGUCUGGGGAAGCUCUUUCCGAUUUACUUGACCAAGGUGGAAAGGACAGUUUGGAGGUCGCACUAUGCCUUGAAGCUACUAAAAUCUCACCACGUGCUUUCUGGGCUUUCCGCAGAUUAGGUUUCCUGCUGGUUCAUCAGAACAAAUGGUCCGAAGCUGUUCAGAGUCUUCAACAUGCCAUUCGAGGCUAUCCUACUUGUGCUGAUUUGUGGGAAGCUUUGGGCCUUGCUUAUCAGCGGCUGGGCAGGUUUACUGCAGCUGUAAAGUCUUAUGGCCGUGCAAUCGAGUUGGAUAAUAAGAUGCUAUUUGCUUUGGUCGAAAGUGGAAAUAUUUCAUUGAUACUUGGUCAAUUUAAAAAGGGGGUUGAACAAUUUCAACAAGCUUUGGAGAUUUUGCCAGAUUGUGUGCCUGCACAAUAUGGACUUGCUUUGGGACUGCUUAGUUUGGCAAAAGAUUGCAUUAACCUAGGAGCAUAUCAGUGGGGAUCUUCAUUGUUAGAGGAAGCAUCUGAGGUUGCCAGAAAGAGUGCUCGUUCUUUCAUGAAUAUCUCGUGUAUUUGGAAGCUACAUGCAGAUAUUCAGCUUGCAUAUGCAAGAUGUAAUCCUUGGAUUGAGGAGGUCCAAAAAUUGGAAUCUGAUAAGGAAGCCUUUAGUGCUUCUAUCAUUUCAUGGAGGAAGACCCGCUUUUUGGCUGCAACACAUGCUAGGUUUUCGUACCAACGAGCCUUACACUUAUCUCCAUGGCAAGCAAACAUCUACAGUGACAUUGCAGUAACUUCAGAUCUCAUUACAUCAUUGAGCAAAAAUUUUAAACAAGACUUAAGUGCACGGCAGCUAGCAGAAAAGAUGUCCGUUGGAGCCUUGCUACUCGAGGGUGACAAUUAUGAGUUCUGGGUGGCAUUGGGGUGUUUGUCUGACCAUAAUGCACUAAACCAGCAUGCUUUGAUCAGAGGACUGCAAUUAAAUGUAUCUCUAGCUGUUGCUUGGGGAUAUCUUGGGAAGUUAUAUUUUAAAGCGGGUGAAAAGCAAUUGGCAAGACAAGUGUUUGAUCGUGCACGAAGUAUUGAUCCUGGCCUUGCAUUGCCAUGGGCAAGUAUGUCAGCUGAGUCUUACGGAAGUAGGGAGCCGGCGCCAGAUGAGGCAUUUGAAAGCUGUUCCCGAGCCGUGCAGAUAAUGCCUUUAGCUGAAUUCCAAAUUGGGCUAACUAAGCUUGCUUUGCUGAGUGGCCAUCUUUCAUCUUCACAGGUUUUUGGAGCUAUUCAGCAGGCUGUACAGCAUUCCCCUCACUAUCCUGAAUCCCAUAACUUACAUGGACUGGUAUGUGAGGCUCGAAAAGAUUACAAGUCUGCUGCUACAUUUUAUAGGUUAGCACGUCAUGCAUUUAGCAUUGGCUCACAGAGUAAUCAAAACUCACAUAUAAGGGAUGUUUCUAUCAAUUUGGCUAGAUCACUUUCCAAGGCCGGGAAUGCUGCUGAUGCUUUGCAGGAAUGUGAAAAUUUGAAGAAAGAAGGGGCGCUUGAUGAAGAAGGUUUGCACGUGUAUGCUUUCUCGUUAUGGCAACAUGGUGAAAAGGAUUUGGCUCUCUCUGUAGCUGGGAGUCUUGCUGCAAGUCUUUCUUCUAUGAAGAAAGCAUCUGUGGCGGCAUCCAUUUGUUUCAUCAGUAGAUUAGUGUACUUCAUAUGUGGACUGGAUGCAGUCAUUACUAGCAUUGUCAAGAUGCCAAAGGAGCUAUUUCAGAGUUCAAAAGUUAGUUUUGUUAUGUCAGCUAUCAAUGCACUUGAUGCACAAAAUCGUCUUGGAUUGGUCGUCGCAAGUACCCGAUAUUUUCUCAAAUAUCAAGAAGAAAUUUCUAGGAUGCACUUUUUAAUAGCGCUUGGGAAAUUGGUGAAAAAUGAAUCUGAUUUCUGCCUUGACGUUAAAAGUGGAAUUGCCUACCUCAGGAAAGCGCUGCACAUGUUUCCUAACUGUAAUUUGAUAAGGAAUCUUCUGGGCUAUCUCUUGCUUUUCUGUGAAGAACUAAACAAUUGUCAUGUGGCAACUAGGUUUUGUAAACUGGACCAUCCUGAUAUGUCUGAUCAGGAAGGUUUAAAAUCAGCUUAUGAUAUUCAUGGUGCUGGAGCAGUUGCUUGCUAUGUCACUGACAACAAUCCGAAGUUUACUUUUCCAACUUGUUCAAAGAAGUGUUCUAGUCAUCCACGAGCUAUCAAAUACCUUCAGAAAUACAUUCAUCAGAAACCAUGGAAUCAUGAUGCCCACUACUUGCUUGUUCUUAAUUAUCUUCAGAAGGCACGUGAACAGAGAUUUCCUCAUCAUCUCUGUGGUCUACUAAAUCGUCUAAUUCAAACUGCUCUUUCAAAUGAAUUGUAUAGCGAGACAGAAAUGCGUUAUCAAUAUAGACACUUCCAACUUCUACUUUGUGCUUCUGAGAUCAGUUUACAAUGUGGGAAUCACAUGAGCUGUAUCACUGAUGCCAAAAAGGCUUCUCAACUUGUGCUUCCUGAUGAUUAUUUAUUCUUUGCACAUCUACUAUUAUGCCGUUUGUAUGCCAUGAAAGACGAUCAUCUAAAUUUUCAGAAAGAGUAUGCAAAGUGUUUGGAGCUCAGGACAGAUUGCCAUAUUGGUUGGAUCUGCCUCAAACUUAUGGAAUGCCAUUUUGAACUGGAAAUAGAUUCAAAUGCCAUAGACUUGAACUUCGAAGAAUGCAUUAAAAGGGGUGGAAAUUCAUGGAAUAUGUGGAUGGCUGCAUAUAACCUAGUGAGAGGAGUGAAUUUGUUGCAAAAAAGGGAUUUAGUCUCAGCCGAAGAGUUUGUGGCACAGGCUUGUUCAUUGGCUGGUUUUGAAAGCUGCCUCUUUCUAUGUCAUGGUGCCAUCUGUAUGGAGCUUGUCAGGCAGCACAGUAGUCCUCACUACCUAUCACAGGCUAUUAAGAGCCUUACCAAAGUUCGUGAGUUUUCGCUGGUUCCCUUACCUUUUGCCUCAAUACUAUUGGCUCAAGCAGAAGGAAGCCUUGGUUCUAAGGAGAAAUGGGACAGAAACCUUCGCCUUGAAUGGUAUAAUUGGUCGUCAGAAAUGAGGCCUGCAGAGGUCUACUUUCAAAUGCAUUUGCUUGCCAGACAGUUGAAAGUUGGGCUAAGCUCUAUGUCUAGCAUGGAGUCCUCUCAAAGUCCCCAUAGAUGGGUUAUUCAGGCAAUACACGCGAAUCCUUCUUGCAUGCGAUAUUGGAGGGUUUUACAGAAGCUUAUGGAAUAAUCAUGAAAACAGAAGGAACAAGUUUCACGAUCGGGAGUGGUCGGGUUCUGUAUAUGUUUCACUUCUAUUGUCUGCUAUUUGAGAAAGAGGAUGUUUGAUCAAAUAAAUAAUUUGUAAAUGGCAAUGUGGAAUUUCAUAUCUUGACCAAAGCAAGAGUUAAAUGAUAACAGUUUGAUGCUUCAUACUCAGCAAA